AUGGUAGUUGUCAACAAGAAACAAUUCUAUGCAGGCAUGCAGCAGCCCACCCACACGCUGGACAAACCUUACAAGGACCAGUCACACGACAGCGCGCGGAAUUACAUCACCGGCUAUUCCCUCCUCACAUACACCAACCGCUCAAAGAUCAUCAACUCCGUCAUCGCCCUCAUAAUCUUCUGGCUCAGCUUCGGCGCUUGCUGUGUCACCCUUGGCAGGUCCUACAAGAACAGCAAGAUGCCCUCCAAUAUCAUCUCCUACUCACUGGAGCCCUGGGACGAGUACAGUUCGCUGGAGAACACACUGAAGGCCUUCACCAACACAUCCUCCACCAUCAAAGACAACGUCAAGGCCCUCUGGUACUGGUCGCUGUGUGAUCAGUACAUCACCACCGGCAGGGUGCCCAAGAGCACCGACAAGAUGGCGCUGGAGGUGGUCUCGGCCUCGAACCCGGUCUACAUGCCCGGCGGCUGCAACUGCAUCGCGCAGGUCGCCCACGCCAUGGGGGAUGGAUGGCUCUACGAAUCAGCCACCAACCCAACCAAAGGAGAGGUCAAGGAGAUGCUCAACUUCUGCACCUACGAGGGGAGCAUGCCGCAGACCAUGAAGGUCAGCAGCAAGCCGUACCGCACCAUGUUCUUCAUCUACGGCUUCCUCCUCCUCGCCUCCUCCUCGAUCAUCAUCGCGAACUUCAUGCACGACGUCCUCGUCCUGGCACUCAAGGACAGAAGAGAACAGGCGCCGCAAGGGAGCUUGACCGUCGUCUUUGGCGCCGAUACGAUCAAGAAGGUUGCAAGCUACCUCAACGUCAAGCUCAUCCUCGUGACAUUGAUGUGCACUAUCAUAUUUCUCGUUAUGACAAUCCUACUGCUGACCACGAGCAAGGGAGCGCCCGACGACGCAAAGCAUCCGGCGGACCUGCUCGCCGGCAUAUUCAUCGCCAUCGGCAGCGCCAUCAUCCUCCUCUUCGUGACCCCAUACGUCUUAUACGGCGGGUCCUCCGAUAAUAUCGCACGCAUCGUGGAGAGGUUCGCCAGGAAUGAGGUGGAUGCCGGUAUCAAGUUCAUCCGAGAAGAACAUGAGAUCACCUACAAGAACUCCGACAUCCUCAACGCCCAGGGGCAGAUCGAGCAGCUCUGGACGGACGUCAUCUCCAUCCCGGCGGUGGUGGCCCUUACCGUCGCCGUAUGCAUCAUGAGGCAAUGGACGGACUUCGAUAUCAUCAUGUUCAACGUCAUCCUGGUCUUCCUCCUCCUCAUCUUCGCCACGGCAAGCAACUGGGUGACCUGCCACUGGACCAGGGUGGCCAGUUUCACGAAAGCAUACGCGAAAACCGUCUCCACGACCGACAGCACGAGGCAAGAAAAGCUAAAUACCAUCGGGGAGACCCUCAACAGCUUCUACCAGGGCUACAAAAACAUCAUCACGGUUACCCAGAUCUUCAUCCUGCUUGCACUGGUGUUCACGGCCACCCCCAGCAGCGACGUCAACCACUACAACUACCUCGCCAUGUACAACUGGAUCUACUUUAUGGGAUUCCUCUUCCUGAUCUACAUGGCCCCGGACAUCUGGAAUGACAUGCAGCAGCUGAAGCUCCACAACGUCACCGCCAUCAAGCAGCUCAUGCUCAACCUCCUCAGCUUCACCGUCUUCAUCACCGUGAGCUACACCGAGUUCUGGAACAAGUCGCUCAACCAGGACCCGCUGCUCAGGGAUAACACGAUCGCCCCCAUGUCUCUGCAGAAGGCCUACGACAUCCUAGACUUCCAGAUGUUCAUGAUGCAGAACCCACACCUCAUCACCGACCUCGAGUGGCACGAGCUCGGGGCCAUCAGCGACAGGAUGGAGAGCAGGAUCAGGCUCAACGAGAGCAAGGCGUGGAAAUUCUGGAAAGACGUCAAGAAGAGGGCGACGGAAGCCGGGAAGGCGGCGUACGAGAAGGGACGAGCCGCCGCGAAUCGGGCAAGGCGGGCAUGGGGCAGGCAACCCGCACCCGCCCAGGCCGGCCCCUCCCAGCCAGUGCAUCCCAUGCCUCCCCCGGAGCAGAUGAUCGCCCCCCCUCCUCCCGGGCCCCCACCCGAGGUCCCACAGGAGUACGGCCCGGCACCCCCACCGCCGGGGUACCUACCGCCGCCACCCAACCAGGAGACAUACGGCCCGCGCCCAGAUCCGGAGGCGUACAUGCCGCAGCAGCCACAAGAGAUGCAAGACCCCAACCACAUCCCACAGCAGCGUGGGCCUCCUCCAGAGUUCAUCGUACCCGACGGGGGCGUCCUCCUCAUACCAGCCCACCACGCCCCCUACGCCUACCCGCCACCCCCACCCGGGGCCGUGGAGGGCAUCUCCUCACCCUUUCUCACCAUCUUCAACCAGAACCCGAGGCACCAAAUCCCAAGGCCUGUAACAAGGAUAUAA